AUGGCAAGACGGGUGGGAGAGAGAUUCGGGGUUUUAAUACUUAAUAGACGCGCGUUUAACUGGAAUAAGCGCCGCGGGCUUGACGGGGACUCUCCGGCCGCGCUGUGGGGCUUUAUCGCGGUCUUUGCCGUGCUUUGUUGUGGAUAUUGUGCAGCCGAGACGGAGUUUUCUAUUCUGGAGGAAGCGCAAGUUUUAGCCGACCAGAUGAAAAAGCUCUCCUCGCACGAGCUCGGCGUGUUUACUAUGCAGAGGAUUUUCAACUCGUUCGUGUACACCGAGAAGACUUCAAACGGCGAGACGGAGGUGCAGCAGCUCGCCAAGAAGAUUCGUGAGAAGUUUAACCGAUACCUGGAUGUGGUGAACAGAAACAAACAGGUGGUGGAGGCCUCGUACACCGCCCACCUCACCUCGCCACUCACGGCCAUACAGGACUGCUGCUCCAUACCGGCCUCUAUGAUGGAGUUUGAUGGCAACUUCAACGCCAAUGUCUCAAAGACCAUUUGCUGUGAUAAACUGUCCCCGACCGUCAACAGCCGGGCUUUUAACCCUGGGCGGGACCUCAACUCAGUGUUGGCGGACAACCUGAAGUCUAACCCGGGGAUAAAGUGGCAGUACUUCAGCUCAGAGGAGGGCAUCUUCACCGUCUUUCCUGCCCACAAGUUCCACUGUAAGGGAAGUUACGAGCACCGCAGCAGACCUGUGUAUGUCUCUGCGGUGUGCCCCCAGUCGAAACACAUUGUGGUGAUGGUGGACCACGGUGCGUCAGUGACCGACACCCAACUGCAGAUUGCCAGGGAUUCAGCACUGGUCAUCGUCAAUGCCAUCGAUGAACACGAUAAGAUCUCCAUCCUCUCGGUAGCCGAAUCAGUUCGCUCCUGUUCGCUGGACCAGUGUUACAGGAGCCUGCUGUCUCCGGCCACCAGCGAAACCAAAAGGAAGAUGAGCACCUUCAUCUCCAACAUCAAGGCCUCGGAUGGCGCCACGCAGCACGCGGCAGGCUUCCAGAGGGCCUUUCAGCUGCUCCGAAACACAAGCAGCCUCAACAAGCACACAGCCACCACAGACAUGGUAAUUAUCUAUCUGUCAUCUGGCAUCACAUCUCGGGAGUCGUCGGAGCAGGAGAAGAGAGCGACACUCAGUGUGGUCAGAGAGGAGAACAGACACCUCAACAACUCCGUAAUGAUCCUCACCUACGCCCUCAUGAACGAGGGAGUAACAGGGCUUAAGGAGCUGGCCUUCCUGCGGGACCUUGCGGAGCAGAACUCUGUUAAGUAUGGUGUUGACCGCUCUGCUGACCGGGACCGCUCCGCUGCAGCACAAGCCGGGGCAGCGAGUGCGGGCAUGUUGCCAGUGGUGAAAGGCGGUAUGAUGGUACUGAACCAGCUAAGCAACCUGGAGACUACAGCGGGCCGCUUCUACAUUAACCUGCCAAACCGCAUGAUCGACCUGGCCCGUUUCAGCCUGCCCUACGCCGACCCUAUGGGAGACGGUUUCAUCAUGACUGUGAGCCGGCCAUGUUACUUUGGUAACCUCCUGUUGGGCGUGGUGGGGGUAGAUGUGAACCUGGCCUACAUCCUGGAGGACGUCACAUACUACCAAGACUCUAUGGCCUCUUAUACUUUCCUCAUCGAUAACAAAGGUUACACCCUGAUGCACCCAUCGUUGACACGGCCUUAUUUGAUGACAGAUCCUCCUCUGCACACAGACAUCAUCCACUAUGAGAACAUCCCAGGAUUCCCUGCAGUUAGGCAGAACAUUCUCAGUCUCCCUCUGGGCAGCCAAGUCAUCACUGUGCCAGUCAAUUCUUCUCUGUCCUGGCACACCAACCGACUCAGAGACCCCAACAAAGACGCAUACAAUGUCAGCUAUGCUUGGAAACUGGUGCAGGACACGUCGUUCAUCUUGUGCAUCGUGUACGUGCAGCCUGAGAUCCCAGUGAAGCAGCUGAAGAACCUGAACACUGCUCCCAGCUCCAAGUUACUCUACCACCGCUUGGACCUGCUGGGCCAGCCCAGCUCCUGUCUGCACUUUAAGCAGCUCGCCACUGUCGAGUCUCCCACAGUGAUGUUGGCAGCAGGUAGUUUCUCCUCUCCAUACGAACACCUCAGUCAGCCAGAGACAAAGCGGAUGGUGGAGCACUACACGGCCUACCUAAGUGACAACACCAGGCUCAUAGCCAACCCUGGCCUCAAGUCCUCUGUCAGGAAUGAGGUUAUGGCGACCAGUCACGUCACGGAUGAGUGGAUGACACUAAUGGAAAUGAGUAGCCUCAACUGCUACAUUGUGCGGCGUUACAUAGCAACACCCAAUGGGGUGCUCCGGAUUUACCCGGGCUCAUUGAUGGACAAAGCAUUCGACCCGACCCGCAGACAAUGGUACCAGCAUGCGGUUGCUAACCCUGGCCUCAUCACCUUUACUGGGCCCUACCUGGAUGUGGGAGGGGCGGGCUACGUGGUCACUAUCAGUCACACCAUCCAUGCCUCCAGCUCCCAGAUGGCCUCUGGUUAUGCUGUAGCAGUGAUGGGUAUAGACUUCACUCUGCGCUACUUCUACAAGGUGUUGCUGGACCUGCUGCCUAUAUGCAACCAAGACAGAGGCAAUAAGAUCAGGUGCUUCAUAAUGGAGGACAGAGGGUACCUGGUGGCUCACCCCACACUUAUUGACCCCAAAGGUCAUGCCCCUGCAGAGCAACAACACAUCACCCACAAGGAGCCACUGGUGGCCAAUGACAUCCUGAACCAUCCCAACUUUGUCAAAAAGAACCUGUGCAACAGCUUCAGCGACCGCACGGUGCAGCGCUUCUACAAGUUUAAUACCAGCAUAGUGGGUGACCUGACCAACCUGGUGCAUGGCAGCCACUGUUCAAAGUACCGUCUCACCCGUAUCCCCGGUACCAACGCAUUUGCCGGCAUUGUCAACGAGACCUGUGACUCUCUGGCCUUCUGUGCCUGCAGCACCGUAGACCGACUCUGUCUCAACUGCCACAGAAUGGAGCAGAAUGAGUGCGAGUGCCCGUGUGAGUGCCCCCUAGAGGUCAACGAGUGUACUGGCAACCUCACCAAUGCCGAGAACAGGAACCCAAGCUGUGAGGUGCAUCAGGAGCCAGUCAGUCUGAACGUUAUUGAUCCAGGUCUUCAUGACAGUCUGCCUCAGUGUAUCAACACCCGCUGUAGCCAAAGAUACACCAGCAGCGACUGUUUUGGGGUGUUGGACUGUGAGUGGUGCAUGGUGGACAGUGAUGGUAAGACCCAUCUUGAUAAGCCAUACUGUGCCCUGCAGAAAGAGUGUUUUGGGGGCAUUGUUGGGGCCAAGAGCCCCUACGUGGACAGCAUGGGGCUCCUGGAUGAGGAGGUGGCAUCCCUGAACAUGAUUAAAAGUGCCCCAGUGGGUCCAGUUGCAGGGGGUAUUAUGGGCUGUAUCAUGGUGCUGGUUCUGGCCGUGUAUGCCUACAGACACCAGAUUCAUAGGCGCUCGCAUCAGCACAUGUCACCGCUGGCUGCUCAAGAAAUGUCAGUGAGAAUGUCCAAUCUGGACAAUGAAAGAGAUGAGCGAGAUGAAGACAGCCACGAGGACAGGGGGAUCAUCAGCAACACUCGGUUUAUCGCUGCGGUGAUCGAGAGGCACACCCACAGCCCCGAACGUAGGAGGAGGUACUGGGGGCGAUCUGGGACAGAAAGCGACCAUGGCUACAGCACCAUGAGCCCGCAGGAGGACAGCGAGAACCCGCCCGGCAACAACGACCCUCUCUCCGCCGGCGUCGACGUCGGGAACCACGACGACGACCUGGACCUGGACACGCCACCGCAGACGGCCGCGCUACUCAGCCACAAGUUCCACCCCUACCGUCACACCCACACACACCACCACCCGCUGCACACACACACGCACCACCUACAGGCCGCAGUCACGGUGCACAGCGUGGACGCGGAGUGCUGA